AUUUGAAAUCAUAACUCUAACAAACCUCUUUGGCGUAUUCGAGCAGUCUUUGGUUUCCUUCGUACAAGUCUCUGUUAACUAUGCGCACUUUCCCCUCACGGGCCACACUACGAGUCAUAUAACCUGGUUGGAUACUAAACGCAUCUGCGUAUCAAACUGACACCCCGACACCAUAGUCCACCAAGUUUAGACCACAUAAAUCUCCCGCUCAGGAUAUCAUGGUGGCACUGUUCAACUUAUAUUCAACCAGAUCUAUCUAGACACAGUCUCAUCCACGGCGAAUUUAUUUGCGGUGGGCGUCUUAGUUUUUCACUUCAUCACUCCUACCUGACUAAGUUUGACAACUUACCAAGGGACCAGUUCUUCUCACAAACUCUAUUGCAUGAACUUUUAUCUCGGGACAGCCGUCGUCUGAACUUGUGCCAUUCACGAACACAAAAUAACGUAGGGAAACGGAACUCGCAAAACUAUCAGGAUCUUCUCUUUCGACAUCUCAAGUUCGGAGCUUUGAGCAUUCCAUCACAUCUCCAUCAUGCACCACCGUCGCUCUUGCCCCUAUCAUGUACCACCACCCAAAAGAUUCAAUUCCGACUCGAAGGCCUGGAUGGGCCCAGUGUUCGCAAAUGAGAAGAAUUCGGGCUGGAACAAGCUCAAUGCUGUGAAAGCUUGUACCCGAUGUAGAGAUCGCCAUGUGCGUUGCAGUUUACGCACGAGUGGUGGUCCAUGCAACCAUUGUCGAAAGAGAAAAGAAGUAUGCGUCGUGCUUGGAUGGGAAAUGCAACCAGACGAUCCGGCCAAUGUCAUCUACAAGCCUGUCCUGCCUCCUCCGAUGAUACCGAGUGCUACCCCAAUCGAACCAUCGAAUCAUGCAGUAUCCUAUUCAACACCUAUUAAUGCCGAAGAGCUAGCGGGGCGACUGGAAAAGCUAAGCCCCCGAGCUCUUGCCUUGCUUUGGCCAUGGGGUCCAGAUGACCGCGACCCCUUCUAUCCAAGUGGCCCUCAAUUUGGGGACGAUUAUCAUGAGCAUUGCUCGGAAGACUGUCCGAAUCGAAAUCGGAUAGCAGGGAAUACAGCACAUUAUUCAUAUUCACCUACAAUUCAAUCACCUUCACUCUUACGGACAUCUGGUGCCAGUCCGGCGGCUACCACAUCUAGUUACAUUUAUUUACCCUCCUCACCACAAUGGGAAAUGGUCGAAGAUAAUCUAUUACCAGUCGCAUAUCUAUACACUACAUAAGAUUUCUUUUCUGCACAAAACACUACUCACUUACUGCUAUCAUAGAAGAAAUUCAUUGAAUAAUUUUCCAAACUCAUUGGUUGUUGACUACAAUUUUUUAAUUUAAUCGACCUUGGCAUAGUAUGGGGAUUGGCGCUUCCUUGCAUGGGUGAAAUUCAAAUGUCCAGACUUCAAAAGUG